GCCUUAAUUGCUUAGCUACGACAUAAUGCUUUACUCGAUCCUUAUACUAAACAAAGCCGGUGGAUUAAUAUAUCAAAAUGAAGUAAAUCCUGGUCUUAACAAAUUAUCUACCAAUGAUUAUCUCGUGUUGGCUGGGUCCUUACAUGGUAUCCAUGCUAUUGGUGCCCAACUAGCACCAAACAUCGGCGACAAGACCGUACCUGCUUCAGUAGAAGAAUUCAAUCGGAAUCAAAACAGUUCCAUCAUGUCCACCUUCAAAGCACAAAGUCCAAACACUAAUCGUUCCGGUUUACAGAAUAUCGAAACCCUGUUGUUUAAUUUGUAUAUCUUCCAAACAGUAACGGGAUUGAAGUUUAUGUUGAUUACCGCUCCCAAUCCUGCCGAACAUAAAGGGGAAUUGAAUAAGCAGUAUGACAUGGCACAUGAACUUUUCCGUCAAUUGUACAUGCUUUAUUCCGACUUCGUCAUGAAGGAUCCAUUUUAUUCCCUUGAUAUGCCAAUCAAGAAUCCGUUAUUUGAUACAAAGGUUAGAGAAUUGGUUAAUUAACUCUAUUACUAAUCUAUAUUAUCAUAUCUAACCCUUCUGGCAAAACCACCACUGGUUUCCAUCCUAACUGCCUUAUCUUGUCAUUAUUUAUGGAGUACUCCUUAUCAUUAUAUCCUCGAUCCUUAACAUAUUGAAUAUAUUGGGUAUGGUCCACGGAAUUGGUUUUAAAAACCUUUUGACAUAUUAAUUUGACUAAGGAAUUAUUGUCAAUUUCGCAAUCACCACCUAUAUUAUAUAUUUCACUCGUGCUAAUGCCCGAAUGCCAGAUUAGGUCUAUUGCAUGUAAGAAAUCCAGGAUAUACAAAUAGCAACGUUUAUUAGUUCCAUCGCCAUGAAUUGGAAUUGGGCUUUGUUCUUGCAAGCAUUUGAUUGUUAAUGGGAUGAUUUUCUCGGGAUAUUGAUUGGGUCCAUAAACAUUAUUUGGUCUUAGGAUAGUUAUUGGUAAGUUAUAUGAGUAUUGAUAUGAUUGAAUAAUGAGAUCUAUCGCUGCUUUCGUAGCUGCAUAUGGGUUUGUGGGGCAUAGUGUACCUUGUUCAUCUGUGUUUUGGUUUAUGUCUCCAUAUACUUCAUCAGUAGAUAUAUGGAUAAAGUUAAACUUGUAUUGGUGGCUGUAUUUGUUUCGAAGUUCACGAUAACAUUCAAGGACAUUCUGAGUUGCAAGAAUGUUAUUUUUUGUAAAGUAUAAUGGGGAUAUAAGUGAUCUGUCGACACAAGAUUCAGCUGCAAAAUUUAUGAAAUCAGUGAUUUCCAUUUGAUGAAAAUUUGUAACUAGCAUACUGUAUAAUGUUUCAAAUGAUUCCGACAAGUCCAAUUUUAUGAAUUUGAAAUUGUUUAACUGUAAAAGAUCAGCAAUAUUUUCGAAAUUGCUGGCAUAGUUUAGCUUAUCAAUGCAUGUGAAAUGAUAGUUUGGAUACUUUCUCACGAAGUAGCUUAAGAAAUUUGAGCCUAUGAAUCCGGCACCUCCAGUAAUCAAGACUCUUUUAUCGAAAUGUAUAGUCAUGUUAUGUGGCUUUCUGUCUGUGCAAUC